AUGGCAAGAGUAGCAUGCGGCAACCUUGUGCCUGCUUUGUCGCGUCUUCCAAAGAAGUCAAUACCAUCAUUUCCUCUAUGUAGAAACCAUUCUUUCUUCACUAGCGACUCCCAAUUUAUAGGCUUUUUCGGGAUUGCCAAUAGGCGGUUUUCCACUUCCGCUUCAAAGAUAAGCAUGAGCUUGAAAGCUGGAAUUGUUGGACUCCCUAAUGUUGGAAAAUCCACUCUGUUUAAUGCUGUUGUGGAGAAUGGAAAAGCUCAAGCUGCUAAUUUUCCAUUUUGUACAAUAGAACCGAAUGUGGGGAUUGUUGCUGUUCCUGAUUCAAGACUCAGUGUACUUUCUGAACUAAGCAAGUCUCAACGAGUUGUCCCUGCUUCUAUCGAAUUUGUCGAUAUUGCCGGGCUUGUCAAGGGUGCCAGUCAAGGGGAGGGGUUGGGUAACAAGUUCUUGUCGCAUAUUCGUGAAGUUGAUUCCAUUCUUCAGGUUGUGCGCUGUUUUGAAGAUAAUGACAUUGUUCAUGUAAAUGGCAAGGUCGAUCCUAAGUCUGAUAUUGAUGUAAUCAACUUAGAGCUUGCUUUCUCAGAUUUGGAUCAGAUUGAGAAAAGAUUAGAGAAGCUCAAGAAAGGGAAGCCAAAGGAUUCACAAUCUAAACUCAAGGAGGAGGCCGAAAAGUCUGCCUUGGAAAGGAUUCAGCAGGCACUCAUGGAAGGAAAACCGGCACGAUCUGUAACAUUAACAGAUUUUGAAAAGGAUGCAGUAAAGCAUCUUUGCUUGCUUACUAUGAAACCGGUCAUAUAUGUGACAAAUGUUGCAGAAUCUGAACUAGCUGAUGCUGGAAAUAAUCCUUACGUCAAAGAAGUGAUGAGUCUUGCAUCUGAUUUGCAAUCUGGACUGGUGACAAUUUCUGCACAGGUUGAAUCAGAGCUUACAGAACUGCCAUUUGAAGAACGAAAUGAAUUUUUGAAAUCACUUGGUGUUAGUGAAAGUGGUCUCGGGAACCUCAUCAGAGCAACAUAUAGCCUUUUGGGGUUGCGUACAUACUUUACUUCUGGGGAGAAGGAAACAAAAGCAUGGACCAUACAUGCAGGAAUGACUGCACCUCAAGCUGCUGGAGUUAUACAUUCCGACUUUGAGAAGGGUUUUAUUCGAGCUGAGACAGUGUCUUAUGAUGAUUUUGUAGCUGCCGGUUCACUUGCUGCCGCAAGGGAAAAAGGACUUGCAAUAAAAAAGUUAAAGCUACCACUCAAGAUCAGGUUGCAAACCAAAUUCAAGAAUUGUGCAUCAAUUGAUUGUGUAGCAAGAAAGGUAAUUUUCUACGGGUGGAGAGAGCAACCUUGA